GAAACUUUGACCAGUCUUCACCAGCCAACAGGAGCUCAGGGAAAAGUAGACAUAAUUUGGCAAUUCUGGAGCAAACAAUGCAUUGAGGGUGCGUCAGUGCGACAACACAUUGGAGAUAUACAGACAACACACAUGGAAUUGGCAGAAAUGGGUAUUGUUAUAAAAGAUUAUUUACUAGCUAUUGUAAUGAGUAAAUCCCUUCCGCCAUCAUAUGACAAAUGUGUUGCUACAAUUUUUGCAGGAAUUAAGGACCUUGAGCAGGCAGACUCUAGAUAUGUGGCCAACAAAAUUUUCGAGGAAGAAAUGCGUCGAGAAAAUAAGUCUGAGGAUGCAAAUAUUGCAUUCCCAAGAAAAUAUUGCUCAAACUGUAAGAAACCAGGACAUCUGCAAUCACCAGCACAACACAUAGGUGGUGGUAAAGAAGGACAUGGGCCACGGCAGAUUGCUAGAAGAAAGAAACAGGAAGCUGAGCGGAAAAUAGGAAAUAAACCAUCAAGAGAUAGUGUACAGGUAGUCGAGCAAGAUUUCUUCAAUCCUAGUCACAUGGCUCUCGAAAAGGAGACUCCUGCUGAAUAUACUCAUUUAACUUCUUACUCUUGGUCUCACGAUUCUUGGAUAGCAGACUCCGGUGCCAGUGCCCAUAUUGCAGUUAGACAAGAAAUGUUCGCCACAUUCACACCAAGCAAUGGAGUUUUAAAUGUUGCAGGUGGACUUACAGCAACAAUAGAAGGAACAGGUGUGGUAUACAUGAGAGGACUAAUUAACGGAAAGGUAAAAGAUUUCAAGCUAGCUGAUUUACUAUUUGUAACCACUACUCGUUUUUGCUUGAUUUCUGGACAAAAGCUAGACAAAGCAGGUGGAAAAGUCGAAUUCGGCAAUAUGAAAUGCGUUCUUUAA